CACUCACGCGCGCGCUCCGCACUCACUCACAAACAACAGCCGGGUGUCGGUGGGCCAAAGGAGAUAAACAUGGAGCUCUAUAACUAUUUUGCGAAACUAGCAACGUUCAACUUGGAAGCGUUUCGCUUGUUUCAUGUCUUCCUAGUCGUGUGCAUUAUCUACAUUUCAGCGGUUCUGAUUAAAUGGUCGAUUAAGAGAAAACGGCGGAUGCGUGAUUUAGAGCAGUUUCCUGGACCUCCCGGUCACUGGCUUCUCGGACACGUUACUCAGUUCAAGGAAGAGAUGAUACCCAAAUGGGGAGAACAAUAUCCCUAUGCUUUCCCAAUACAGUUUAGCCCAGAUAGUUUAUUUCUGUUUGUCCAUCAUCCAUUUUAUGUCAAGCCCAUACUGGCAACAACAGGACCAAAGGAUGACUUUGGAUAUAGAUUUCUCCUACCUUGGAUAGGAGAAGGUUUACUUGUUACUGCUGGACAGAAAUGGUUUCGUCACAGACGACUCCUUACACCAGGCUUCCAUUAUGAUAUCUUGAAGCCUUACGUGAAAUUAGUGGGAGAUUCAGCACAAGUUAUAUUGGACAAGUGGAAAUUGUAUGCAAGAACAGAACAGACCUUUGAACUUUUUCAGCAUGUUAGUCUGAUGACAUUGGACAGCAUAAUGAAGUGCGCAUUUAGCUGCCAAAGCAACUGUCAGACAGAGAGGUCCAACCCAUACAUAAAGGCAGUGUAUGAACUGUGCAACCUGGUAAACCUACGAUUUCGUGUCUUUCCAUAUCACAACGAUAUCAUCUUUCACAUGAGUCCACAUGGCUACAGAUACAGAAAAGCAUGCAAAAUUACACACUCAUACACAGCGGAAGUCAUAAGGCAGAGAAGAGAAUUUUUAAAUAAUAAUAAGAAGAACCAGGAUGAUGGCCAGGAGAAGAGAUAUUUAGACUUUCUGGAUAUCCUUCUAUGUGCUCGAGAUGAGCAGCAGCAGGGCUUGUCAGAUGAAGCCAUCCGAGCCGAGGUGGACACUUUUAUGUUUGAGGGACACGACACUACUGCCAGUGGCAUCUCAUGGAUCUUCUACAGCAUGGCCUGCAAUCCUGAACAUCAGCAGAAGUGCAGAGAGGAGAUCCAACAAGUGUUGAUGGGAAAGGAAAAUAUUGAAUGGGAGGACCUCGGUAAAAUACCAUACACCACAACGUGCAUUAAGGAAUCCCUGCGCAUGUAUCCUCCUGUUCCGUUAAUGGGACGAAAGUUGAGCCAACCUAUUACUUUUUUUUUGAUGGAAGUUCCUGCAGGUUGUGUUAUUGGAAUCAGUAUUUAUGGAGUUCAUUACAACCCUACAGUUUGGGAGAAUCCAAAGGUGUUUGAUCCACUGAGAUUUCUGCCAGAAAACACUGCUAAGAGAUCACCCCAUGCCUUUGUGCCUUUCUCAGCUGGACCAAGAAACUGCAUUGGCCAGAAUUUUGCUUUGAAUGAGCUGAAAGUGGUCGUGGCUAUGACACUGAGGAAGUAUGUUCUCAUCAAAGAUCCAGACCAUACUCCAAAGAUGAUUGCUCGAUUAGUGCUCAAGUCUCUCAAUGGUAUACACCUCAAGAUCAAAUUAGUGGAAAAUGAACUCUAAGAAAAUAUAAAUAGUACAUAAUAAAUAUAAUAAUAUUUUUAAAUCUUAUUUGUAUUGAACUGAUUCAUGAAUUUAAUUCCAUGACGAAUGUGUAUGUAAAUACCUUAUUAUACAAAUAGCAAUAUUAAUUAUUCUUAAUGACUCCAUUUUAAUGUAAUAGCCUGUUUAAUAAGAAAGAUGUAUAAAAACCAUUGUUAAUAAUCCUCACAAAACUCUGAAAGCACUUCUCUUAAUUUUCAGUGUUUGUAUUGCAAUGUUUAAUAUGCAACAUAUUUUGUUUUAUGUGCAACAUAAAAUAAAAAAUCAGGAGAAAAGAUA